AUGAAGCUGUCCUCGUUCCUCACUUCGGCCUUCCUGGCCUCCGCUACGCUGGCCACGCCUACUCCGACUCUCGAAGAGCGAGCAACCACCUGGUGCGAUGCCUUCGGCUCUUUGACAACAGAAGGUUACACCGUCUAUCACAACAACUGGGGCUCUGGACAAGCCACCUCUGGAUCUCAGUGCACGACUUUCAACUCCGUCUCGAGCAAGUCAUUCUCUUGGUCAACAAGUUGGACUUGGCAGGGCGGCAACAUUCACGUCAAGUCGUACUCCAACGUUGCUCUGGAGAAAGUGAACAAGAAGCUGUCUGCAAUCAACUCGAUCCCUUCCACCUGGACCUGGAGAUACACCGGAACCAACAUGGUAUCCGACGUUUCGUAUGAUUUGUGGCUGGCCCCUUCAGUCGGCGCCAACAACAAGUACGAGAUCAUGGUCUGGGUUGGUUCAUACGGAGGUGCUGGCCCCAUCUCCGAUACCAACGAAACACCACUCGCUACUCCCACCAUCCUCGGCACGAAGUGGAAGCUGUUUAGGGGCCCCAAUGGCGACACAACUGUCUACUCAUUCGUUGCGCCCAGCAACAUUGGAAACUUCAGUGGCGACCUGAAGAAGUUCUUCGACUACCUCACCUCCAGCCAGGGCGUCAGCACAGACAUGGUUGUGACCAGUCUUCAGGCAGGUACUGAGCCUUUCGUCGGUUCUAACUGCGUCUUCACUACUUCAAAGUACACCAUCUCGGUGAACUAG